UCUCAUGUCUGUAAUUUAACCUCGUUUUUUUUGCCGAAGAAGAGCUUCCCACGUCGAGUACACACAUGUGUAAAAGAUUGAAAUUGGUUUUUUGAGGUGUAAUUUACAUUCACGUAUUUUCUAGGCUUAAUAUGAGCUCCUGUCGACGACCGGAGCACACCGCUCCUCCAGAUGUGUUUUACAAUGCUGAGGAAGCAAAGAAGUACUCUCAGAACUCUCGUAUGAUCGAGAUUCAGACUCAGAUGUCGGAGAGAGCCGUGGAACUAUUGAACCUUCCGGAAGGGCAGCCGAGCUUCCUGCUGGAUGUGGGGUGCGGUUCGGGUCUCAGUGGUGACUACCUGACAGAGGAACGCCACUACUGGGUCGGUGUGGACAUCAGCACGGCAAUGCUGGAUGUGGCACUGGACCGAGAGGUGGAAGGAGAUCUUCUACUGGGAGACAUGGGCCAAGGGAUGCCGUUCCGUCCGGGAACUUUUGACGGCUGUGUUAGUAUCUCGGCUCUUCAGUGGCUUUGUAAUGCUGACAAGCGCACACACAGUCCCCCCAAAAGACUCUAUGCCUUCUUUAGUACUCUCUAUUCUUCUUUGUCUAGAGGUGCCCGGGCUGUUUUUCAGCUCUAUCCCGAGAACUCUGAGCAGCUGGAACUGAUCACGUCGCAGGCCAUGAGGGCAGGCUUCAGCGGAGGCAUGGUGGUGGACUACCCCAACAGUACCAAGGCGAAGAAGUUCUUCUUGUGUCUCUUUGCUGGCGUGACUGGCGUCUUGCCCAAGGGUUUGGGCUCCGAAACAUCGGACAAGAAUGUCUCCAACCAGGUCCACUAUUCAGGACAAAGAUGCCGCUUCAAAAGCAUGAAAGGAAAAUCUGUAAAGAAGGGAAGGGAUUGGAUUCUGGAAAAGAAGGAGAGGAGACGACGACAAGGACGCGAGGUCCGGGCAGACACGAAAUACACAGGACGACAGCGGAGGCCUCAUUUUUAGCCGUGAUUAACACAACGACGUAUGCCGACGUAAACGCACGUGCUGGGUUUUAAGUGGCAUUGACUGCUAUAGACGUACGCAGUGAAUGUGAUCAUACUGGACAUGUUCUUGGGGUUUCAUCGUUCUGACAAUUUUUAAGAGAGAAUGUUACAUCUCUUAAUCAAUCCCUAUCACUGAGGUUGGAGCGUGGUGAUGACUUAGUAAAGCAAGCUUUUGUGUUGACAACAAAGCAUCAGAUUCUUUUUAACCAUGGUUAUUUAUUUUCCUGAAUUCAAUUUACAAGAUAAACAAAAAGAAAAAAAAAUUCCUGAUGAUGUAUGAUCUUUUUCAACACCUUUGCUACACAAAAAGUUGAAAAACCUAUACUCAUACAUUGUAUGAUCAAUAAUUAAGAAAACUAUAAUGAUAACUACAAUGAUGUCCUGAUUAGCCUCUAUAGCAACCACAUAUUUUUUGGGAAAUCAAUAAAGGAAAACUGUUAUUGUCAAUUACAAAUGACAUUGACUAUCAUAAUUUUGCACCAAACAUUUCCAGGAAAUUCUUUACUUUAGGUACCAUUACAAAAAAGAAAUGUUGGAUCAGAUUUUUUUUUUUCUCUAAUCAUUUAAUGAAUAUAAAUAUACAUCUUGUGACCUCAGUGGUAUGAACUAGUUCGGGCACCCCUGACAACCUCCAUUAUUUUCUAUUAUGUGUACCUCCAUUAUUUUCUAUUAUGUGUAAAUCCUUGUGUUUGGACAACUUCAUUUUGAUAUAUAAAAAAAGACACAUGGACUGAAACAUUUCAGAAUUGACAUAAAAGGCGCACUACUGUUAGGUUUAUCUUACCCAACGUUGGCAAGCAACACAGAUGGGGUAGCCGUCUUUCUGGAGAGAAGCUGGCAGCAGAUGUUCAGCUCAAAAUACUCCGCUUCUCUGAACACUGCCUAUUAUUAUUUUUUUUCCAGCAAUGUCAUUGCCAAGAGUAGCGCUACUAAUUUCAUCAUUGAGACGUCGCAAGACUCGCAACAAUAAUAACACGACUCGAGUACACCAAUCAGACUCAAGCUUGCUGUUGUAUGAUCACGCCAGCCUGUUCAAUCACGUGGUGUCUUUUUAGCACCGUAAAAAAUGAAGAAUUUGAGAUAGAGCGCUGGCCUCAACAUGACUCACAAGAAUGGAUUCAAACCUCUACUCCAGUUUUUUUGUUGCACCAAUUGACCACGUACAGCAGGGGUCCCCAAACUUUUUCCUGUGAGGGCUUUUUCCCCUCUGAUGAGGGGACGGGGUCAGUUUGUACCAGAAAAAGUGUGACGAUUGCAGGAGUGCCUUAAUGUAAAAAUUUAUUGUUUUUCAGAAAGCCACAAUCAAAUAACCCUUUCUGGAUUCUUCACUGAACAAAAGUAAAUUAAAUAAAAAUAAUAAUAAUAUAAUAUAAUAUAAUAAUAACACUAUUAAUUAAAUAGAUAAUAACCAAAUAACCCUCUCUGGGUUCUUCACAGAAAAAGCCAGGAAAUAACACAAGUAAAAAAACAAAAUUGUUCAGGGGGCCGGACCAAAUGUGAAGGUGGGUUGUAUCCGGCCCGCGGGCCAUAGUUUGGGGACCCCUGACGGACAGUGACCCCUCGUUUUUCGCAGUUAAUGGGGACCAAAACCCACCGCGAUAAGUGAAAAACUGAAAG